AUGGACUUGAAGCGUAAUAUUAAGCGAUCUCUUCUGGGCGUGAAAGAUGACUGUUGUGGAAGUACUCUGUCGGACGGCUGCAGUGAAACUGUAAGUUUGUGCCUUCGACUUCAGCACGCUCAGUCGCUUCUCGCCGCACUGGAGAGACUGCGAAAUCGCGAGGAACUCUGUGAUGUAACCCUGAAGAUUGCCGAGACAGAGAUAAAAGCGCAUCGAGUCGUUUUAGCGGCUGUGAGUCCAUAUUUCAAUGCCAUGUUUACGGGUGAUCACAAAGAAAGCAGGCAGAACGUUAUUCAGUUGAACGGCUUAGAUCCUUCCGCUGUCUGCUCGUUUGUGGAGUUCGCUUACGUUGCAAAGGUCAAAAUAACGGUGGACAACGUGCAGUCGCUGCUCACUGUCGCAAGUUUGCUUCAGGUUGAAUCUUUAGUGGAAAAAUGUUGCCACUUUCUUGAAAGCGAGUUGCAUCCUUCAAACUGUCUCGGGAUCAGGCGUUUUGCAGAAAGUCACGGUUGCUUUGCAUUAAGUAAAAUCGCAAAACAGUAUGCAAUGCGGAAUUUUGACCAAACAACACAGCUGGAAGAAUUUUUGCAGUGUUCUAUAGAGGGAGUUAUUGAAUUUCUUAGUGAAGAUGUUUUGUAUGUCCGCCAUGAAGAAGAAAUAUAUGAGGCAGCCUUGAGAUGGCUCAAUUACAGUAAGCAAGACAGGCUAGAGAAAUUUCCCAAAUUAGCUGAGGUAAUUAGGUUUCCCUUGAUGGCAUGGGAAUUCUUGGUGACAAAAGUCUUAGAUGAUGGUUUGAUCACAAGCAACCCUCACACGUUGCACCUCUUUGAGGAGGCAAGGAGGUACCACCUUGCUCCACAGUUGCGCCAUGAAAUGAAUCAGUGCAGCCGGUUAAGGCCGCGCAAGCUGUAUGGCCAGGCUGAGUGGAUCUAUGUUAUUGGUGGGGAAACUAGUCCAGGUAAUCAGAUGCAAGCGAGUGACAGAACCCAGUCAAUGAGUAACAACAUUACUAAUACAAAUAUUUUGGAUCUUGUGUACUUGAGGCACCCCUUGGUCAAGUAUUGGUUGACACUAUUGGCCAACACUGUUGAAAUGUUGGCCAAGAUAUCAGCCGAUACUUGAUUAACAUAUUGGCCAAAUAUCAGCCGACAUGUCAAGUCUCAGUCAUCAUGUUUGCUGCAGAGUGUUGGUCAAGAUGUUACCUGAUAUGUCAACUGAUAGAUGGUCAACAUUUUGAUUGCCUAUUGGCAAAUAUGUCGACUUAUAGUGUGGGUCAGAAUGUUGACCAAAACACAGUCAACAUAUUGAUUGAUAAGCCAUGAUUGUUCAGCUGGCACGUUACUGAUACUUCGUCGACUCUUCUGGCCAGGGGUUCGUUUCUUGAAAGACCCGGAAACUUUUCGGGCCCAAAGGCAAUUUUUAAAUUGAAAACCUGUUGAUAAGAAGCACAUUUCCUAGCUCACAAACCAGUCAAUUUUUCAUCUAAUCACUUUCAAAAGUAUUGAGACUUUGAUCUUGAAUGCAAACAGGGCAAACAUUAACAGCUUUUCGCGACCAAAAAGUUGCUGGGACUUUCGAGAAACAGGGCCCUGGGGUGUUAUUUCCUGUGUACUCAAAUUUCUGUUAUUUGUUUUGCCCAGGCAGCAAUUUCGAACUGACUUUGACAAGUUUGACUAGCCUAGUGUGAGAGUAUGGCAAAAAGCAGUUCUCAAUGAACUGGUGUGUAAAAAUGCCUACCUCAUGACCAGGGAUCCAUUUCAGCAGCCAUCAGGUUGUCCCAGAUGACCAUAACAUCGAGAGAGUUUUGAAUGUAAAUGAGUUUUAAAUGUAACAUCCAAGACCCUACCUGCUGCUUAACUUUCCACCAACCACAAAAGCUGAAGCCACUGGCAUUGUGCUCUGCAAAGUUGGUCCAGUUGCUUCCAAACAUGACUGGGUGUUCUCUUAAAAAAGUAUUAUUUUGUGUAGUAUUACACUUCAACUUGAUCAAGAUCCAUGAAAAGUCCUCAGAUCCCCUGAAGGCAAGUGUAAUUCUCACUGCCAAGUCUCAAUGAUAUAACUUCCUUAAAUAAGGACACUCUCGAGACACUGAUUAUGUUGUUCCGUACUUGUCACUGCCCUUCUCAUGUCUACAGUUGUAUAAUUUAUUCAUGACAGGCAAGUAAAAUCUAGCCAGGGCAAGUAUAUUUUUCGACAUACUUGCCCGGCUGACGACUGUGAAAAAUACUACUAAAUAUGGAUCCCUGGUCAUGACUAAACUCCACACGUCUCAGUUGCAUACUGAUAUUUUGCCAAUGUCUGAGAGUUUGAAUACUUGAUAUUUUAGGUAGAAAUACAGUGAAGACUGUGGAAAAAUACAACCCAACUACUGACACCUGGUGCAAAGUGUCUCCAAUGCUGACUCCACGUCGUGGACUAGGAGCAGCUAUUUUAGAUGGCAUUUUGUAUGUUGUAGGUGGAUCAGAUGGAAUUGCAGCUGUAAAUCAGGUAAAUUUGUGUUUUUUAUCUGGCCGUUGCCAUUUUCCAAAAAUUAGAUGCGUCAAGGCAUUCAUCUUCUCAGAAGAGACCCCUGUUUGACAAUUCCUGUAAGCAACCAACCAUUAAUGUGAAGACCUAAUGGACACUUACAGAAGGUAACUUAACAAUCAACAAACAGGGGGUCUCUUCUGAGAAGAUGUCUCAGCACAUCUAAUUUUUAGAAGAUAAGUUAUUUCAUGCAAUUUCUGAGUUAUGUGUAAGAAUAGUUCCAUGUUGUCAAUGAAAGUUCUUGUUAUACUCUGGGCGGCACAGGACAUACUGCGAACAGAGGGCACAUCCUGCAUCAAGUGGUCUCUUACGAGGUUAAAAACAAUGGACAAUAACUACUGUCAGGCUAAGGAAGUACUAAGUCAGGGUUGUGUUUGAGUAGGUGCUGAUUACAGGGAUCUGAGUAGGAGAAUCUUGGUGUUUUGGAAAGAAGGUUGCUUGUGGGAGGUGGUCAUGAAUGAGAGGUGGUCGCACAUGGAGGUUCAACUGUAUUUACCUUAUCAUUUAAUGCUGCUUGUGUCGGGCAACCUUAUUAUAGGAAAUUAAGGCGUCAUAAAAUUAAUGCGAAUUUAGUUGAAUACGACUUUCAAAAAAAUGAAAUUAACGGGUCGUCUACAAAGAAACAAAAACUUCUUGGGACAAAAGAAGUAAAGGUAAACAGAUAAUCUGAAAUGCAAACUUUGUUCAUGGUACUUUCCCUAAACAUACGAAGGGGAUCCAGCGAAGAAAUCUGGCCAUGACGGUUCUUCACAGUUUCACUGUUACUGGCAAAUCUCCACCCUGAUAAAAUACUCCUCUUUCUUAGGUGUCAAGAAUGUCAGAAAUGUAUGUAAAAUAAUUGAAAUUAAGGUCACAGAAAUUAAUGCUCUACUUAAUUAAGAAAUUAACGCGACUAUUCGCAUUAAUUUCAUGAAGCGUGAAUUUCCUAUAAUACAUGUAAGGUAAUUAAAACAUGCUAGCCUGAUGGGUCACUCCACUUUCCCUGGGCUAUCAGAAAGCAAGUUCUUAUCAUGCCCUUCUGACAAAAUUGUGAUCAGACUCUAAUUUCUCUUAAUAAUUAUAUCUUAAAUUUUUGUGAGGCAAUGCUGUGCUCUGGCAUUGUCCAAUUGCCCCUGGCAUCCAACCAUCCCUCCUGGAUGACUUUAAAAUGUUAGUUUCCUAUAGAAAUGAUUUGCUGGGCACCCUGGAUUUCACAGGUUUAGGGGACUCGGCUCUGUUCAAUUUUUCUCAGAGCACAGUACUGUAAGGGUCAUGAAGUCAAAGGAAAUAUGAUUUUUUAAAUGUUGAUUUAUAGCAGACCUUAUAAAGGCCUAUUGAGCCGUUUUAGUAAGAUUCUUUAAAGUGCAAUCAACUAGUAAUGAAAAGAUGGACAUUAAAAUAAUGAUUGCCAAAGAUAAAAAAAAUUGAUUUUAAGUGCCCAUUUUCCACUUUGGCAAGUGUAUAGAGUGUGGAGACUAUUAUUGAAAUCUCCCUUUUUCUAUAUAGGUGGAAUAUUAUGAUCCUAGUUUAGACGCAUGGGCAGUAACCACGAGUAUGAUAGAACACAGAAGUAGCGUGGGUGUGGCCGUUCUAGAUGGCUUUCUUUAUGCUGUUGGCGGGUAUAAUGGGCAGGCAACUGUUAAGACAGUGGAGCGGUACAACCCCCGUAUGGCAGAAUGGCAGAUGAUCACCGAAAUGACCACGGAACGAAGCAUGCUAGGGGCAGCUUCGCUGAAUGGUGAACUCUAUGCUGUGGGUAUGUACCUUAAUAUUCUCUCUUAAUUUCAUGAGUAAUAAUUUUAAUUCCACGAAAAAUCAUGAGCCAUAUUUCAUGAGUAUUUAAUUUCAUGAUUUUUAGGGAAAGGUUGAAUUGGAAUGUAUUAAAUUUUGUGAUUUUUCUAUUCUUAAAUAACAUCAUGUAAGGUAACUUUGACCUUAGAACAGUAACAAGAGAAACAACUGCAAACAAAGACAAUCAAGCUAAACAUAACAAAGCAUAAUGUUAUCAACAGUCUAAAUAGGUACCCCAAAUAGCUACAUAGUACUGUUAGACAGUUAAUAUUUACACUCUUGUCAACUUUGAAAUGAGCCAUGAAAUGACAUCUGAGGAAUAUAUGCAAAAAUUCCAACUGGUGAUAUGUCACUACUUAGAUCUCAGGGUAGUACCUCUCAUUGGUCGUGCCACAAGGGAAAUUUGCCUUAACCAGUCUGAAGCACUAGCCUCAUCAGAGAAGUGACAUGUCACCAGUAUGAAAUUUCUGAAGUUCUUCCUCCAGACGUCAUUUUGCAGGAAAUGGAAUAGAUUUGUGCAAUUGUGAUACACGAGACAUUCUUAACAGAAAUUUUGUUUGCGAUUUGCCCACAAACCAACAGAUGUGCACAUGUAAGAGGUAAAUGAUGAGUGGGUUUCAAUCUCCUCAGGUAUUUCAAUUAUAAUAAUAAUAUUAUUAUUAUUAUUAUUAUUAUUAUUUUGCCGCCACCGGUUAGCUCAAUUUGAUAAGCACUGGUCUGCUGAGCGGGAGGUCGUGGGUUCAAACUCCAGCUGGACCAACACUCAAGGUCUUAAAAUAACUGAAGAGAAUGUGCUGCCUUUGUUGUGACAUCUGCAAAUGGUUAGACAUUCUAGUCUUCUAGGACAAGGACGAAAAACGGUGGGUUCUAUUUCAUAGCUCUUUCAAUGUUCUGUUUCUUGAAAGAUGUAAAAGAACCUACACUGCUGUUCGUAAAGUAUAAGGGGCAUAGACCCUGGUGGUGUGGUAGAACCUUUGAUGGGGUGGGUAAUAAAGGGUUGAUGCCAGUCCUGUUUCAUCCUUUGUCACUGUGUUGGGUCACCAUGGAAAAUUUAAAAAUAUAUAUAUAUAAAAUUUAUUAAUAAUGAUAAAUGUGACACUGAAAAAUUACAUGCAUGGCACCAUUUUUAUGAAUCUUUGUUAAAUUUUGCAGGGGGUUAUGAUGGCAUUUUUGACCUUUCAUCAGUGGAGUGUUACAACAGUCAGACAAAUAUCUGGAACCAAGUCUCACCCAUGAAAACGCCACGCUGUCUGGUUGGCGUUGCAGUUCUCAAUAGUCACCUAUUUGCUAUCGGUGGCUGCAAUGGACAGAGCUUAGAAACUGUUGAAAUUUAUAGCCCUGAUAAAAACACAUGGACUAUAAUUGCACCAAUGAAACAGCGGCGUAGUGAUGUUGGAACUGCAGUUGUAGAUGGUCUGCUGUAUAUUGUCGGUGGCUCUGAUGGUAUGGAAUAUCUAAACAGCAUGGAACUGUUUCAUCCGCAGAAAAGAAAGUGGACAUCUUCUACAAGUAUGCAAACAACUCGCAAGAGAUUUGGAUGUUGCUCCUGAUUAUUGUAAAUUCUAUGACAGUUGGACUUAAUUAUGUUCAGUUUUGUCUUAUGGUGAUAAUAUUUAACAAAAUGACUGACUAGAUUAUCAUGUGAGGAGCAUGGGAUGUACAAAAAAACAUCUUAAAUCAACAUGAACAAAACCUAGGAAAAAUAAUGGUUGUAAAAAAAAUUACUGUUACUGUAAAUAUCUUCAGGGCUAGCUCACAG